CAGCACGACUCAAGAUGCAGAAGCCUGCGCUGGAGCCCCGAGGAGGGGGCUUCUCCUUCGAUAACUGCCAGAGAAAUGCAACCUUGGAACGAGUCGUCCCAGGUCUCCGGGUCCCGCACGCACGCAAGACCGGGACCACCAUCGCGGGCUUCGUGUUCCGAGACGGGGUCCUCUUGGGAGCCGACACGCGGGCCACUAACGACUCGGUCGUGGCGGACAAGAACUGCGAGAAGAUCCACUUCAUCGCUCCCAAAAUCUACUGCUGUGGCGCCGGAGUGGCCGCGGACGCCGAGAUGACCACGCGGGUGGUGGCGUCCAACAUGGAGCUACACGCCCUGUCCACGGGCCGCGAGCCCCGCGUGGCCACCGUUACCCGAAUUCUACGCCAGAAGCUCUUCCGGUACCAGGGUCACGUGGGCGCUUCGCUGAUCGUAGGCGGAGUAGACGUGACGGGGCCGCAACUCUACAGCAUUCACCCCCACGGCUCCUACAGCCGUUUGCCCUUCACGGCCCUGGGCUCUGGCCAGGACGCAGCGCUGGCGGUGCUGGAGGACCGAUUCCAGCCAAACAUGUCGCUGGAGGCCGCACAGGAGCUGCUGGUGGAAGCUGUCACUGCAGGAAUUCUGGGUGACCUGGGGUCUGGAGGAAAUGUGGACGUGUGUGUGAUCACCAGGGAUGGGACCAAGUUGCUGCGAGCACUGAGCUCACCUACAAAGCCCAUAGAAAGGGCCCACCAGUACAGCUUUACCCCCGGCACCACCGCCAUCCUAUCCCAGACAGUGAGGCCACUGACCCUGGAGCUGCUGGAGGAAACUGUGCAGGCCAUGGAGGUGGAAUGAGGAAGACCCAAAUUCACAAUGAAGGCCCCUUCCUAACUCCACAUCAGAGUGGAUCCCCCACCAUCUCAUGCUUUGGUUAGAGUUUCAACCAUAAUAAAACCAGGAAAUACAUCUAA